AUGGUAGCUGCCGAGGUCGAACCGCUGGACAACUAUGCACGGCUCAUCCGUGCGGAGAUUACUGCGCGUCAGCGGCAGAUCAAGGAUGCCAACGAAGAGUUGGAGCAGGAGAACAACAGCAUCCAUGGCCACGACCUCCCACGCAAGAGGCAGCUAAUCGGCACCGGCCUCCUGCCGAGCCAGUACAACAGGUUGACCGAUGUCAACAGGUGCGGAAACUACACAGCCGCAUACUGGUGGACCAUGGCUCAUUCCUGGAGUAACAAGUUUGGCCUUUAUGGCUUCGGGGAAGUCGAGGAUCAGAAGUGCCGCGCUCUCCUCUCACAAUCUUCUCCACCGGUACUGCUUCUGGAGCUGAACAGCAAGCACACCUUCAACAUGCUCGAUCCCGUGCUAUGUACAGACUUCCUGUUCAUGAUGGAUGCAUACCAGCUUCACAUGUCUCGCUGCAAGAGCAGGAGUGCAAUGCCGCUGGCAGCCGUUCUGCAGGGUGCAGGACCACACCUUUGUCCAGGAGGCAACCAUCACCCUGUAGCUCCACCGGGAGCAACGCCCUACCAGAUGGCUUCGCACUCCGCCAGCUCCCUUUUCAUUGUGCGGAUGAAGGAGCUAUCAAUCCCAAGUGUCGUGGCAAUCACCGGGAACGCAAUCGGCGGCGGCGUGGCCGUGUCGCUGAACUGCACUGAGCGCGUGAUCGCCCAGAACGGAAGUGCUGCCUUCGGAAAUCUCAGCCGAGGUGCAUGUCCGAUCAUGUUUCUGUCCAAGCACCUGCCGCAGCAUGUGGGGCUCACGGCUGCGAUGGACAUUUACCUCACUGAUUCAACAGUCAGCGCCGUCGCCGUUCAGAAGGCAGGGAUCGCAGCUCGGAUCGGCGUCGACAACAAGUCGACCAAAGCCACCGCCCUGGCAUUGGCUCGCAAGAUGGCUUCUUUCCCGACGGCGCGACUGAGCGUGUCCGUGCAGCCGGCUCUGUCCUUACAACGCUAUGACGACGAGGCAUAUGGCAUCUACACUUGUGGCAGGAUGGGCCAGAUGCAUUUUCCCGGCCGGUAG